AUGACCCUGACCGCGACACGGAUUCAGCCGCCGCCCACAGCCAACAGCAAGCCGAAAAGCACAAAAUCCGAACACGGCCAACCUCAAUCUUUGCUCUUCCGUCUUCCUCAUGAGCUCCGCCAUCUCGUCUUCCUGCUGGCGUUAGCCAAGCCGCUCUCGACCACUCUCUUGGACUCGUCCCACGAUGACAGCUUAGACGUCGAGCCCGCUCUUCUCUCUACCUGCCAUCGCGUCCGCGCCGAGGCACUCCCUCUCUUCUACGGCACCAAUGACUGGGUCAUCAAGACACGGCGCGUGGGAGGUGACACGGGUCGUCUCGAUCCCAUCAGCAAGAGGUUGAUCACAUACCAGUGCAUACCUCGCUGGCCCGAUGCCCUGCCAGACAACAAGCUUGCUCUGAUCAGAUCCAUCGUGGCCAUUGGCUCAAGAGGUUCUUAUGUGGACUUCAAGGGCAAAUGGUGGGAUGGUGACCGUGCUGCCUUUCGCUUGCAAAAGUCGAAUGCGCUUAUCGGCUAUCGCGUCGAUGAGUUGGAUUGCUAUGAUGAAGAGUGGGAUCUGCCAAAGCAGCACAAGGACAGAGAAGCCUUCUGCAGUAUACACCUUGUCGACCUAUUACAUGCGAGAAUGCGCAUCAAUGCGCGGGCUUCUCGCGACAAGUGGCUCUGGACACGAGAGCGAGUACAUGAUCUUGCUUUCCUGCUAUGA